AUGAAUGGCAUCAUCGAGUACGAUCAAAAACUAAAAUCACUUCCAAAAUUUAUGCUGAUCCACCAAUAUUCACCAAAGAAAAAUUAUUGGAAUUCAAUUUUCAUUUUCACAAUAGUUUAUUAUAUUACACUGGUAAUUACGAAUAUUGUAUUAUGGCCACCAAAGACUAUUAACUUCGUUGUUAUCACUAAGUAUUUUUUUGGGAUAGAAUACGUCUUGGACGUUGCAGUAUGUUUUUCGACAUAUUUUUUCUUACAACAAUUAGAAUAUAGAUUCCAGACGUUGAAUGAGUCCUGGAAAUAUCUUCUUCCCGGAUUUCUACCCUUUCCUGGGAAAUUGACAUGUUCCAUAACAGGAAUGACGUUGGAUAAAAUACGGUUGUUACACGCUGAAUUAUCGGACUCAUUGAGAUUAUUCAGUGUAGCUUUUGGACAAAUACUAUUAGGGUUUUUUGUUUUUAGUUAUAUUGAUAUGCUACUUCAAUUUUAUUAUUUUAUUGUUUUUGAUCUUACUAAAACAGAAAAAUUCAGUUUUUUAAAUUUUCUAAGAAAGAUAGUGCCUCAUAUUGUGUACCUAAAAAAUGUCGUACUGGUUUUAGCUAUUAUCAUUGCUGCAUCACGUGUUCAUGAAAAGAAACGAAAGAUGAUUUCACAUUUGCGGUUAAUAAGAAUUUCAAAUUUAUCGGCAAACCUAAAAAUUCAAGUUAAAUUGUUUAUGAACCAAAUAACAGUUUUUGAAUCUAGUGAAAUCACAGCUUUUGGAAUUUUCAUUAUAAAUUUGAAUCUUGUUAUAUCGAUACUAAUAUUACUUAUUACUGGUAUAGUAACAUUAAUACAAAUGAAGAAUCAUCCAAUGAUAUUGCAAUCAAAACAAAGUGUAUUGAAGUUUCUGUUAGAUACUCGUAUUCAUAAUUUAACAUACAACUAG